AGUACAGGGAAGGCUCGGAGAAUGUUAGACAUCAGCUCGCCACCUAAAGAUAUAUCUUCCUGGAACAACAGGCAGAGAAAGAAGAUGGCCUUGAGCCCCUCGCUCUCCUCUGAGAAUGAUGUUAGAGAAAACCAGCAAAAGAUCACCCGGGUCCUUUCAAACAGCCAGCAGGACGACCUGCCUAUACAAACUUUUUUGGCAACUCCAACGCCCAGUGAUUGGUCUUUUACAACUAAAGACCUCAUACACUGGAAAGAGGAUUCGUCCUCAACCCCGAACCUGGCUUCUGAAAUAGCGAGGGUAGAGAUUGAGGAACUGGAAAGAGCUUUACAACUCCCUCUUGACGCAGGAGUUCUGGAGAAUGAGAGCUCUCUCAUGGAAAGUGGCAGAUCUACGGAGCCAAGAAAAUCUGAGGAGAGGCCGAAGAGACACGUCACUAAUAUUCAUAAGACAUUAGAACUACAAAACUGUGGAACACAAGCAAGUGUGAUAGAUUGUAAUCAGCAUUCCCCUACAUUUGAGGGUGUGUGUAAGUUGGCUGCUGAGUUAGUUCACAUAAAAGCCUUUCUUGCUGAAUGUAAUCAGCUUUUAAUGACCCUCGUGGAGUUUCACUUAAAAUCAUCUGUUCAAUCCCAGAGGGAAGCCUCGGCCUCUGUAUGGGUGAUCCCUUCAGUAAAAGCUCCUUCAGAAGUUGCCCCCUUAGUCCCACCUUCUUUUACCAGUGAGGCUACUAAGAAGGAAAAGAAAAAGAAAAAGGUUCCACCCAAGGCAAAAAAAACUAAGAAUUUGAAAAACUUAAAGACAAUAAGAGGCAAUAAGAUGAACUUUCAGAAAUUAUUUGCACUUUUGGGUCAACCUCAGCCACAGGCUAAGAGUAAAGAGGAUGUCCCCACCCAAGAAAUUUUAAAGAAGGACUCUCCGACACAGCUAGAGGUCGUUAUAUCAAAGAUGGAUUUUUCUGCCCUGGCCAUGCUGCAACAAAAAGAAUCAGCAAGGGGCCAAGAAAGAGAUUUCAGUGGAGAGGUAGCGGAACAUGAGGACCUAUCUAUGGAGGCUUUACCUAUUGACCAGCCAGACCCAUUAUAUCCUUACAAGUGGAAGUUAGUUUGGGUCCAACGUAAGAUUGUCCUCGAAAACUUCCCCAAGCCACCUGGCCUAUUGUCCCAACUUGAUCGGAAACUACAUUUAUUGGAGUUUUUAUCAUUCUGCGUCCCAAUUUCCCUCCAAAUGAGGGACAUAAUAGAGGUGGAAUAUCUAUAUUUUAACGGAAUUAAUGCACGAGCAGUAGUUUCCUUCUCUUCGACGAAGCUGCCCAAAGACCUUCUCUAUUUUAAACAGACUUUAAUAAGGCAAGGUGUUGUCAUUCGCCGAUAUUUUGAAAACAAAGCAUCACCUCACCUUUUGAUUCCUCGAAAGAUGCAACGUGACCCCCCCUCGCAAGCUUCAAAACCAAAUUCAAAGAGCUUGAGUGUUCAGCCCGCAUUGGAUCCUGCUGAACUUUACAUCUCAGGUGAUAAAGACAUUCCACAAGUAACUGACAGUUUAUUGGCCUCAGCCUUACAAGGCGUGCAACAGCCGACCAUUUGGCCUUUCGAUCCCCUUGACGAGGAUGAAAAGGCCUUGCUACAUUCGUUUUCCUCCCUCCCAUCCAGAGGCAGACUGGAGAUCUUAUCCAGAUUGGAUCAAAUGAAGCUCCACCUCGAGAAUAUCCAUCUGCAGUCAUCUAUGCCUCUAUCCUCAUCGGGUGGGGAAAAAAAUGGAAAGGGGUACAAACCUUCCCCCUUUACCAAUGGCCGCCCAGAAGCAGGAUCCAGUUUGGGGGAAAGUGGCCAAGCUGGGUGUAACUUUUGCCCGGCAGGGUCUGUGGAAACUACCCCUCCCCCUUUUUUAAAGAGAGUGCAGGUCAACUCUAUUUCUCCAGAUGCCUGGCAAAAGAUGAGGCAUUUAGAGGAAGGCGAAUUGGGCAACUUCCCCCCUCCAGCUGUGCCCCAGGUGGAGAGACGUCACCCUGUUCCUAUAUCCAUCAAGGCGAAGGCAUUAAGCUCUGCAAAGCUGGCUGAGCCAUGAGGAAGAAUGGACGAGGGAGUGGAGGGAUCCCUGUGCGCUGCUGGAACAAACUUGGGGGAAUGUGGUACACCGAGCCAGAAACCCCCAACUUCCCAUAUUAAGGCGAAUGGUUGCAUCUACUUUCCUGAGGAUGAUGACAUCACCGCGUCCCAAGAUUGACUUCUUUCAAUUCUUUCUUGGAACAUAAUGGGAUGGGACAAUAAAUUUUACGGCACAGAAUGGGUAUCUUAUUUGCAAAAAUAUAAGAUCAUUUGCCUCCAGGAAACAUGGGUGUCCUCUGAGAAAGUUCCGUUCCUCCAAGGAUAUCGAGCUUUUUCCAGC